AGACUCCCUCCUCAGAUGGGACUAGGCUAUUAUUCAGGACUUUUCAGAAAUACUUCACAGGAACCAGUAACUGUUGUCGAAGCGAUGGCGAGAGUUGUCCGAAUAUUUAAAACCCUCCGCAACCACUGGAAGAAGAGCACCGUAGGCUUCUGCCUGCUGGCGUAUGGAAGCAACUGGAUGUACGGCAAGUACUGUGAUAACUUGCUGAGGAGGGCGGCCUGCGAAGAAGCACAGGUCUUUGGGAACCAGCUCAUUUACCCCAAUGAAACGGUGAAGAAGGCGACAGUUUUCCUAAAUCCGGCGGCGUGCAAAGGGAAAGCCAGGACGCUCUUUGAGAAGAAUUCUGCUCCUAUACUGCACCUUGCUGGAAUAGAUGUUCACGUGGUGAAGACGGACUAUGAAGGUCAGGCCAAAAAGAUGUUGGAGCUGAUUGAGAACACAGAUCUGAUGUUAUCACCGGACUGCUGCGCAGAGAUGAUCAGGCUUCCUCCAGUAAAAUCCCAAUCGGCUUCAUUCCACUCGGCUCGACCAACACCCUGAGCCGGACCCUGUACCCCGAGUCUGAAAACAAGGUCCAGAAUAUCUCCGAUGCCACACUUGCCAUCCUGAAAGGAGAGUCAAUGCCACUUGAUGUACUGCAAAUAAAGGGGGAGCAGGAGCAGCCUGUGUUCGCCCUGAAUGGCCUGAGAUGGGGCAGUUAUCAAGACGCCGCUGCAAAGUCCACCAAAUAUUGGUAUUUGGGGCCAUUGAAGACGAGAGCUGCUCAUUUGUUCUGUGCACUCAAGGAGUGGCCCCAGAGGCACGAGGCUUCCAUCAUCUUCUUAGGGCCCACAGAACGGCCGCAAGAAGAAGAGGCCAAGGAGAGACCAGGGCGCCCCCCUCUGCAUGUCAGGAUAUACCGCAGGCUGGUGCAGUACUGGUCACCCCCAAAAGUUGAGGUUCCAGUAGAAGUGGCUCCUGAGCCUUGGGAAGAAGCUCAGUUUUCUGCAGUAGAACUAUCUGUAAGAACACAGAACCAUCAGCCGGACCUCACGCGCCAGGAGGACUCCAUGAGCAUCUGCAUUGAGCCGGACACCAUCAACAAAUCUGAAUUCAUCAGUCUGGGGGUGGAGAAAACUCAAAAUCCCCAACUGUGCCCUAAAGAUGCCCAGAUCUUACACAUCAGCCGGUGCAACAUCCAGCUCCCAGAGGGUACAGCGGGUCACUUCAGCAUAGACUCCGAGGAGUACGACGCCAUGUCCGUAGAGGUGACUCUUCUGCCCAGGAAGUUGCGCUUCUUCUGUCAUCCUUCUCAGAAAGAAAAGUUUACCCAGAGUUCAUAGGCAAGUGCCUAACCCUGCAGGACCCCGGUCUGUGCUGUGUGAAGGCGCGGACCAUCGUACCAUUGGGCCCGUGAGCGCUCGACGUCCGUCCAGUAUCGGGGGCACUGUGGAUCCUCCAUGGAUACAACAGACCGCACAGAAAUACAGUGGUGCCGUAAAGUGCAGUAGUGUUAUAAGACAAGCGGCUGUAUAUAUAUAUAGCGCGCCGGAAGGUUCAUUUUUGGACAAUGUAGUGUUCUCUGUUAUCAGCCAAUUCCAGGUGCUAAGUUACAAAGAGAUGGAGCAGAUAUAGAGACAUCUUACCAGGACUCCAACAACUCAAGACCUUACAAGUGCAUUUUCCAACCAGGGUGCCUCCAGCUGUUGCAAAACUACAACUCCCAGCAUGAGUUGUAGUUCUGCAACAGCUGCAGGCACCCUGGUUGGAAAACACUUCCUUAAAAUAAUCCUGUAGACUCCAAGUUAUUUCCUCCUGAUAUCUUACAUUGCAAACAAAACAACUGCUAUACAAGUACUGUGAGCCGGGAAGAUGUCACACGGCCAUAUUUAUGAAGAAUUCUCAUCUAUAUACUGUUUGCUUUUUGUAUUAAAGUGGAACUCUGGUACGUAA